UACGAAAAUGAUGAAAAAACUGUACAGGAGCGUGUUUGUGACAGUGGGCACAACUGAAUUCGAGGAUUUAGUACAAAUCGUAACUUCGGCUGCCGUUUUGGAGCAAUUAUCGGUCUUGGGCUGCGAAUCGCUCACAGUACAGUUUGGAAAAGGGAAAGAUCCCAACGUGGAACGAGCGAACGGUCUAACGAACAUCCGACUCACUGCUUACGGACUCAAAAGCAGCAUUGGGGACGAUAUAAGCAGAGCCGAUCUGGUGAUCAGUCAUGCCGGUGCCGGAAGCUGCAUAGAAGUGUUGGAAGCCGGCAAACCUUUGAUUGUCGUCGUAAACGAAACACUGAUGAACAACCAUCAAACUGAGCUGGCUGAACGGCUUAGCAGGGACAAGAAUCUCUUCUACUGUACACCGCGCACCUUGCUCAAGACAUUGGCGGAAUGCGAGUUGAAUCAAUUGGAAAAAUUAGCACCCGCUGCUCUCGAUAGCUUCGUAAAUCAUUUGGAUGCUUUUAUGGGCUUCAGAUAG